AUGGCAGCCACAACCACCAUUCAAGUCCCCCACCUCGGCGGCAUCGCAGCCGGCUACCGCCUGUCCGGGGAUAAGAUUGACUCCGCCAAGCCGACUGUUGUGCUCAUUAACUCCAUGUGCACUACCGUCUCCCUCUAUAACGACCAGUUUGAUAGCAAGACGUUGACGGGUGCCGUCAAUCUGCUGGCCAUUGAGCCUCUCGGCCACGGCGCUACUAGCUGCUCGGUCGAACACUUCACUUACUGGGACACUGCUAUUAUGGCAUUGCAGGUGAUGGAUAAGCUUGGCGUCCAAAAGGCUUUCGCUCUUGGCACGAGUCAAGGCGGGUGGAUGGUCACCCGCAUGGCCCUCCUGGCCCCGGAAAGGAUCCUGGGUCUUCUGCCCUUGGGCACUUCUAUGGACUACGAGUCAGCCGACUCGCGGGCGAAGGGCUGCUGGGACCCCAAGGCCCAGCUUCUGGCCUUUUACGACUCCUGGUCGAGCCCCGUCCCGACGCCUGACUUCAUCGUUGACGACAUUUGGUGCGGCAUGGUUGGCAGCUUGGGCUUCUCCGGCACUGUUCCGCCGGAGACCCUUGAGUUCUGGACAAAGACCCUCAAGUCUGUCUACAAGGGCGACGAAGGUCGCAAGAAGCUCAAGAUUGCUCUCGGCAACCUGAUGUCGCGCGAUGGCCUUUUGCUCAGGAUCAGAGACAUCAAGUGCCCUGUCUACUGGCUCCAGGGAACUGCGGACCCUGUUUUUGGUGUCAACAUCCCCACGGAGCAGAUCAAGCUCUUCACUUCCUCGCCCGAAGCGACUUUGACUAUGGUUGAGGGAGGUGGUCAUUACCUGAACGCUACCAGCCCGAAAGAGGUUGAGGAGGCUCUCCUCAAAAUGGUACAAAAGUAUGCCUAA